UUUCACAAUCCAGUAUAUCGUUAUAUGUAGACAGAGCUGAACGUAUGUAAAGACUAUUUGGCUGAGAUAUUGGAUAUGGGACUGUUGAAACUGUUCUGUGAGGUUAUCCUCUUCGCUGUGUUGUUAAAAAUACAGACUGUUCACAACCAGGUCAUCGAUAAGGAGGAUAGGAUUCUGAUUGAUCCUACAACGAACAACCAGCUCGACAACGUCAGAAAUUUAACACACCUUCCCAAUUGUACAGAUGAGGAUGUGUGUCGUUGUUAUAUCUCAAGCGAUAAUACUCUUGUGGCCGACUGUUCUUACUUAAAUAUCGAACUCGUUCCUCGAUUUCAUCGCAACGUUUCUGUUAUCCAUCUACAGGGGAACAAACUUAGGACUUUUUCUGGAGAAGGUAUUCCGGACACGGUUACGUAUCUCGACCUCUCAGGAAACAGAUUAAACUCUUUCAUCGAAUUUCCUUUCAAGGAUAUGAAACAAUUGGAAUAUCUAUGUUUAAACAAUAAUACUCUGCAGUAUACUAAGGAAGUAUUUCAUGAUAACAUUUUCCAGGGAUUGACUAGCUUAAAGCAUUUGAAUAUAAAACAGAAUAAUAUAAAAUUUGCCCUGCGGAAUUUGCACUUUCCAGUUGGCCUUUCUAAAUUGGAAAACCUUGAAACCCUGCUCUUGGACGGUGUUGAUAUGACUGGUUUUGAGGAAUGUUUUGAGUCAUUGACUAGCUUAAACACUCUUGAUUUAUCUGGCAAAACAGGGGUUUGUCACUUAGGCAUAUUGAGAUCCAAUUUCUUUCAAAAUAUUUCUAACUUGGUGAAUUUAGAUAUUUCAGGCUGCAACAUUCAUAAAAUUGAAGUAGGGACCUUUCGCAUUUUGAAAUCUCUUCACACACUUAAUAUUUCAUCAAAUGAAUGUCUUACUUUUGGGGUACUUGGAAAUGUCACACAUGAUCUGCAAUACACGUCCAUUCGUGUCCUUGACAUUAGUCGCUUACAUUGUACGUUUGGACCCAGCACAGUUAUACACAGACAUGAUAUUGAACAUCUUCUGAACACUAACUUGACGCAUUUGUACGUGGACAGUAAUCGGAUGGCUAUGCUUGAUACUGGUGUCGCAAGGACACUUCCGAGAAAUCUAAAGUUUUUAUCUGUAGCAGAUAAUAACUUGUCUUUCGGACUUUAUUAUGUAGAACUGAUAUCUGAGUUGCCAAAUAUCGAAAUAGUGCGAGCGGACCAUGAGGGGAGUCCUCACAACUUAGAGACUGGCAGUAGCGACUGUAACGAUUGGCGUGCUCCGCCGCCAUCAUCGGAACUUUCAUUUAGUGGAUCGAGUGAAUUACUCGAUUGUAACAGAAAUCCUCUUCGAAAGCUAGAUCACAACAGUAAGAUUUUAACAAAAUUUUCUUUUCCUGUUUCCUUAAGGGAGUUUUACUACAGCCAUAAUGCAAUGGAUUUUGAAAUUGGAUCACUAGUUUUUGGAGAAAAUAAUUUAGAAAUUUUAGAUCUUAGUAAUAAUCUUUUCCAUUCAUGGAGAGGACCUUUGACCAAUUUACGGCAACUAAAAUAUGUCGAUUUAUCUCAUAACUACUGUACUUAUAUGUCUGAAUACCUUUUUUCUGUCGAUAACAUUGUCAAAACUUUGUUGAUUCAAAAUAACUUGUUGGGACUGGUUCUUAAUAAAGAAAACAAUAGAAAUAUAUUCAAGAAUUUUACAAAUUUAGAACUUCUCGAUCUUUCUACAAAUCAUAUAUAUACUUUACCGACAUUUAUUUUCAAACACCAAUACAAACUUCAAACAUUAAAUCUCAGCAACAACGCCUUAAGUCUGUUUAGCUUGGACUUGUCAAGUAUGAAACAAUUGAGGCAUGUUGACCUGGCACACAAUCAAAUAAGGUCAAUCCCACCCGACCAGCAGAGCCAGAUAGUAGAAUUAAUGGGUAACAAUGUGAUGAUUAAUUUGGAGGGGAACCGCUUGGACUGCUCAUGUGCAGAACUGCAGUUUCUCAAAUGGAUAUCUAAAAAUAGAGACCUUUUUGUGAAUUUUUAUUCGUACGAAUGUUUAUUCUCUAAUGGAACACAAGUGCCUUUUUCAAACUUUGAUGUGACUUUGAUGGAAAUAACGAAGUCAUGUGACAGUUAUAUAGGUAUCAUAGCGGUGUUUGCAUCAAUGAUUCUGUUGUCGGUUUCUCUGACCAUUUCCGGUAUCGUCUACCGCUAUAGAUGGAAACUACGGUACCUGUUUUACAUGGCAAAGACCAGGUACAGAGGAUACACACCUGUCACUAAUGCAGAGGACGACGACGAUUUCAUGUACGACGCAUUUAUAUCAUAUAGUUCAGAUGAUUUGGAAUUUGUCAAAAACGAUGUGCUUAACAACUUGGAGGAUCAACAAGGGUUGCGGCUGUGUCUUCACCAACGAGACUUUCUCCCCGGCGAGGAGAUAGCCCAAAACAUCACCAAUGCAAUUCAUCAAAGUCGGAAAACCGUGGUCCUGCUAUCUCGCAACUACCUUGAUUCUUAUUGGUGUAUGUACGAAUUAAACAUGGCUCGAAUGGAGAGUAUAUAUUCUAGGGGAGGCAACUCUGUUCUGCUGCUGGUUUUCUAUGAAGAAAUCCCUGCCAAAGACUUACCCCUUACGUUAUUGGAUCUGAUAGAAAGUGACAGUUACAUUGAGUAUCCCGAUGAAGACAUCCAUGGUAAAGUUGUUUUCUGGAAUAAACUGGCCACAUCGAUUUCCCCGCAGGUAAAAACUUCCGUAUAAGGAUAUUUCAGGGCGGAGUCUAUAGUCUAUAAGAUCUCAUCGUACAUUUUGUUGAAUAACAAAAUUCUCAUAAAAGUGAUUUUUAACAUUUA